GACGGGAUAUAUAUCCAGUUCCGCAGAGGGCCGUGCCUCGUGGAACGUCACUCCACGCCCCGACGCCCCGCCCCUAGAGGGCGAGGCAAAAUGGCCGCGGAACUGGCGGCGAGCGGAGUGCUUCCCACAGUGGGCAUUAUGAUUGAUUAGGUUUCUGAUAUCAAGAUCUAUUCCUACGAAGUAAAUUAACAAGCCCACAUUUCUGUGCAAACAUUGAGGAACCAGUUGACACCAUGAAGGUCUUCUGUGGUCGUGCCAAUCCAACCACGGGAUCCCUGGAAUGGCUGGAGGAGGAUGAACACUAUGAUUACCACCAGGAAAUUGCCAGGUCAUCCUAUGCCGAUAUGCUACACGACAAAGACAGAAAUAUAAAAUAUUACCAGGGAAUUCGGGCAGCUGUGAGCAGGGUGAAAGACAAAGGGCAGAAGGCCUUGGUUCUUGACAUUGGCACUGGCACAGGCCUCUUGUCAAUGAUGGCAGUUACUGCAGGGGCUGACUUCUGCUAUGCUAUUGAGGUUUUUAAGCCUAUGGCUGAGGCUGCUGUGAAGAUUGUGGAGAAAAAUGGCUUCAGUGAUAAGAUUAAAGUUAUUAACAAGCAUUCCACUGAGGUGACGGUCGGCCCAGAUGGUGACUUGCCAUGUCGUGCUAACAUUCUGAUCACGGAGCUGUUUGACACAGAACUGAUUGGGGAGGGAGCACUGCCCUCUUAUGAGCAUGCACACAAGCAUCUUGUACAGGAAGACUGUGAAGCAGUGCCUCACAGGGCAACUGUCUAUGCCCAGCUGGUGGAGUCCAGAAGGAUGUGGUCGUGGAACAAGCUGUUUCCCGUCCGUGUUCAGACUAGUCUUGGAGAGCAGGUCAUCAUUCCUCCCUCAGAAUUAGAGAGGUGUCCUGGUGCUCCUUCAGUCUAUGACAUUCAGCUAAACCAGGUGUCAUCUGCUGACUUCACUGUCCUCAGUGAUGUGCUGCCAAUGUUCAGUGUGGACUUCAGCAAGCCAGUCAGCAGCUCGGCAGCGUGCCAUAGCAGACAGUUUGUACCUUUGGUGUCUGGCCAAGCACAAGUGGUCCUCUCCUGGUGGGACAUUGAAAUGGACCCCGAGGGCAAGAUCAAGUGCACCAUGGCGCCCUUUUGGGCACAGACAGAGCCACAGGAGCUUCAGUGGAGGGACCACUGGAUGCAGUGUGUGUACUUCCUGCCACAGGAGGAACCCAUUGUGCAGGGCUUACCCCGAUGCCUGGUAGCCCACCAUGAUGACUACUGUGUGUGGUACAGCCUUCAGAAAACCAGCCCCGAUGCGAAUGACAGCACCUACCAAGUGCGACCUGUGUGUGACUGUCAGGCUCACCUGCUCUGGAACCGGCCUCGGUUUGGAGAAAUUAAUGACCAGGACAGAACUGAUCACUAUGCCCACGCCCUGAGCACUGUACUGGUGCCAGGGAGCAUCUGCCUUUGUGUGAGUGACGGCAGCCUCCUCUCCGUGCUGGCCCAUCACCUUGGAGCAGAGCAGGUGUUUACAGUUGAGAGUUCAGUAGCUUCCUUCAGACUGAUGAAAAGGAUCUUCAAGGUUAACCACCUGGAAGAUAAAAUUAGCGUCAUCAAUAAACGGCCUGAGUUGCUAACUUCUGCAGACCUGGAGGGCAAAAAGGUCUCCCUCCUCCUGGGUGAACCCUUUUUCACCACCAGCCUGCUGCCAUGGCACAAUCUAUACUUCUGGUAUGUCCGUACCUCUGUGGACCAGCACCUAGCACCCGGAGCUGUGGUGAUGCCCCAGGCUGCCUCACUGCAUGCCGUGAUUGUGGAGUUCAGGGACCUGUGGCGGAUCCGGAGUCCUUGUGGUGACUGUGAAGGCUUUGAUGUACACAUCAUGGAUGACAUGGUCAGGCACUCCCUAGAUUUUCGAGAAAGCAGGGAGGCGGAGCCACACCCACUGUGGGAAUACCCCUGCAGAAGCCUCUCUGAGCCUCAAGAGAUCCUGACUUUUAAUUUCCAGAAGCCCAUCCCCCAACAGCCUAUGCAAUCCAAAGGUACAAUGGAGCUGAAGAGACCUGGGAAAAGCCAUGGGGCUGUCCUGUGGAUGGAGUAUCAGCUGACUCCAGACAGCACGGUCAGCACCGGCCUCCUGAACCCUGCAGAAGACAAGAAGGCCAUGCUGACUACCAAGACAGAAAUACAUCUUCAAAUACAACAUAAAUGAGCCCUAUGUCAGAACAGGAAGGCUGGAACUGUGUGUCAGACGACCUGCAUCUCUGUGACUCGAGAACUGGGAACCCUAACUCUGAUUGAGUCAUGCAAGAGGCCCAGGGCAGCCCGGGGUGAGGCAUCUGAGUGCCUGCUGUAGCUCUAACAGGCUCAGUGGAGUCAUGAGCCCUUACUCCCAGCAGAACUGACCCAGCACUUUCCUGCACAGACUGGAACUGAGAAUGAGAGAAACCUGCCCUGGGCCAUAGCCAGGGUCCCUACCAAGCAGCCCCACAAUUGAGUCUCACCAUGGGCAGAAGUGCUGCUGCCCCUGGGGCAGAGAGCGCCAUCUGUAUCAGACCAACAACGAUGCUUCAAAAAACUAUAGAUUCACUUAACGGUGUGGCUUUUAGCUAUAGAACAAAAACUCGACAUGGUAUUUCAGGCUCUGUGGAAGAUAAUGUGUAAUGACCAAAUUACCAUGGUCUAAAACCUCCUCCAACUGAAUCCAAAUUAGCAGAAA